GCGGAACCAUGGCAAUUAGGAUCUCAAGACGCAGCAACACCUAUGAUGCAAGGAAUCAUUGACUUACAUCACGAUAUCUUUUUCUUCCUCAUUCUGAUUUUGGUUUUCGUAUCACGGAUGUUGGUUCGCGCUUUAUGGCAUUUCAACGAGCAAACUAAUCCAAUCCCGCAAAGGAUUGUUCAUGGAACUACUAUCGAAAUUAUUCGGACCAUUUUUCCUAGUGUCAUUCCAUUGUUCAUUGCUAUACCAUCGUUUGCUCUGUUAUACUCAAUGGACGGGGUAUUAGUAGAUCCAGCCAUUACUAUCAAAGCUAUUGGACAUCAAUGGUAUCGGACUUAUGAGUAUUCGGACUAUAACAGUUCCGAUGAACAGUCACUCACUUUUGACAGUUAUACGAUUCCAGAAGAUGAUCCAGAAUUGGGUCAAUCACGUUUAUUAGAAGUUGACAAUAGAGUGGUUGUACCAGCCAAAACUCAUCUACGUAUGAUUGUAACACCCGCUGAUGUACCUCAUAGUUGGGCUGUACCUUCCUCAGGUGUCAAAUGUGAUGCUGUACCUGGUCGUUCAAAUCUUACCUCCAUCUCGGUACAACGAGAAGGAGUUUACUAUGGUCAGUGCAGUGAGAUUUGUGGAACUAAUCAUGCCUUUACGCCUAUCGUCGUAGAAGCAGUGACUUUGAAAGAUUAUGCGGAUUGGGUAUCCAAUCAAUUAAUCCUCCAAACCAACUAAACCGGGGAAGCUGAAGCGGAAAUGCAAUUCUCGGGUGAGGGAAGGCUUCGCUCGCUCGCUCAAAAAGCUCUAACGCUCGUUUACGAGUGGAGUGCAUAAGCCCUUAUUGAAGUAGGGCGAGGCCUUACUACACGAGCUCGUAAGUAAAGCACGGAACGAGCCUUGUCUACGAAGCUUCGCUUCAUCAUCUUGCUUGCUUCUGCCGAAGCUUAACGCACUAUAACAUAGGCAUGCAUGAUGGUAUGGUAGGAAGACUCCUUUUAAGGCCGACCACUACAUAGGAGCGAUAGGAAGCCAAGCCGUCAAAAGGAAAGGCGAGCAGCCCUUAUUGCAAUAGCAAACGGCCUACUUAUAGCCCUAUUUAUACCCUUUAUCGGGGACGGGCCUUACAAGCUCAAUAAAUUGCAAUUCUUCACCUUUUCCUCAGACAGUGGGAAUGAAUUUUCUUACUUGAUUGACAUUGACAGAUAUGUGUACCACACCGAACAAGCAAUAUGUCAUAUGCUUGAUGUACCAGCCAAGCCAGCUCUUUUUUUCUCCGUUCCCUUAUCCUUCUAAAGUAAAAAUAAAAUGCAAGAGAGUUUGUAUUUGCAAAUGAAAAUGAAUAUGGAUCUAAAAAAAAUUAUAUAAUCAAUCAAUAAAUAAUAAUUGGAAUAAUAUAAAAAAUAUCCUUCGCGUAUUCGUUUAGAAUCUUGUUGACCCUACUCGCUUACUCCUAUUUUCCUGCUUUCUUUUUCGACAGAAUUCAUUCUAUUCUAACUUUCUUGAAAGAAUGGGGUUCUGGGCUCACCCUCUCUUCCUUUUUGAGAAAGAUGGGCUGCCCUGGGAGUCUCGCCUUGGUGAUUCUUUCUCUCUUGGGGGUCUUCUUCGGUAGCGAAUCCGCUCUCAUAAAUUGGAUGAAUUCUUCUGGGUCGGCUUCGGGAUCCGCCUCUGAGAGUUGGCAAAAGUACCUCAACUUAUCGGAGUCGGAGGAAAAUGCCGCGUCCGAACCAUCCACAAGCCACACCCCGCCGAACCCUGAACCUGAAGCACCAUCCAUUUCGUUCUUGCGAGAACGAAUCAAAAAUGUUAUUCGCUCAUGCCAGCGUAUACGAAAAUAAAAAAUCCUAAAAAGGAUUAACGAAGAUCUUCACCUUGAAACGGCGAGCGCCGAGAAGCGGGUAAAAAUCGCCCAGGUCCUCGAUAACAUGAACUGGAAAAGGGUUUUCUUUUAUACCUAUACGGGGGAACCUAAGAUAAAGCCCAUAUCGACUUAACGGUCCACGAUUGGGAUCGCGCACGAAAAGGCUAAACACAGCCUUUUUCUUGUCCUCGGGACAGCGGGCUAGUCCCGUGCCUGUUUUUUUGAGUUGGGGUACACAAUCUUCCUUGUGACUGCCAAACCAGAUUUCCGUUUUUAGGGAGAAGGUGUAGUCUUUUUGAACGGUGGUAUCGUCAAGAAGAACGAGGCCCGCCCCAUUUCUGGGGCGGGGGGAAGGAGAAGUGGGACUGUGGGUCUCCUUUCAUU